AUGACAUACAAGAAUUUAUGGAAGAACGAUGAGUCUACGCCAGUUGCAACAAGGGCUGAUGAUGUCUCCGGUGACAGGGGUAAUGGGAGCCUCUCUGAUCCAUCUUCUGAGACCGACCUUGACUUGAGAUUGGGACCGUGGCCUGACCUCGGGUCAAUCUCGAUAGGUGACAAGAAACCUGCUACAACAAUCAUUCUCGAGUUCAGUUUGGUACCUCCAAGCACCUUGCAUUCCGGCAGCAACUCUUCUCCAUACGCGCACUCAGGUGAUUCCGCUGUAGUAGAUCGAGUUUCCAACCAAUACCUGACACAGAAAGUGUGUUGUUCUUAUCCCUUCCAGAAAGAAACUCUCAAUACUCUCCUUGUCUCAAUCAUGUUCAAUCAUAUAUUUUUGCUGUGUGACAACUUUGACUCGCUCAAAGAUAAUCCGAAAGCAACCACUCAAUUAUUGCGGGAUGAGGGCUUUGGUGACGUUCAACUCUUCAUUGGGGAUUACCCAAAACAAGGAGAUGACGAGCUAGCAGUACACAGAUGUGUUCAGGAGGCAAUUGGGAGACUUGCAGCACAGACACAUGUAGACCACUCAGAAGAUGAGGAUAUCCCUUCAGUUGGACAUACACCAUACCUGCAGAAUUACUCCCUUAUGAGGGCUUGCGGCAUCACCUGA